AUGUCGUGGCUUCGACAGGUUCGAGCACUACCGCUGAACCCAGCGCUGAACGACAUUUUAAAAGUGGAGUAUCUCGAUGUGAAUCUCAACAAUUCACGCAAACUCAUGGCCAACGUGGCGAGCCUAGGGGUUGAAGCAAAGCAACUCACGCAACAUGAAGAGGACACUGUGGAAGCGAUGCUUCAGCUUAAGAAUCUUCGAAACGAGCUCAGCUGGACUGAUAGUCUUGAAGCUGACCAAGUGACAGAGGUGCUAAGAGAAGCCUACCGUUUACAGGUUUACGUGUCUUCGGAGGAUGUGAGCUCAAAGAAUGUUGGAUGA